AAAUAAAUUUGUUAAGUCAAAGUUACCGUUGAGAAAAAUUUACAAAAAAAAGAGAAAACAAUGUCUAAAUUGUUGUACUUUCUUUUUUUACCAAUAUUGGUUUGCAAUGCACGUUCAAAACUAUUUUCAUCGGAACAAUCAGUCAACUUAACCGCAGAUACACAUGCGAGUGUAAAACAUAGGUACCUCGACGGUUGUAUACCAGGCAAAGUAUUUCUGCUGACAACAGAUAAUUUCUACGAUAUCACCGCAAAGGGGACCUUCUUCGUAAAGUUCUAUGAACCGGACUGCAUGGGCUGUGAGGAUUUUGAGAGUACCUGGAAGGACUUGGCCAAAUCGUUUAAGUCCAAACGGAGCCUUUGUUUUGCCGAAUUGGACUGUGAAAAUGCCAAAGUGGUAUGCAACGAAUAUGAUUUGCGCUAUGAACCAAAUUUAAUAUGGCUUGAAAACGGCGACGCAUUACACCAGUAUGAUGGUGACCUAACUUUCGAGGGAGUGAGUAACUUCAUUAAAGAUAUGAUUAGGACAAAUUCUACCAAAAACUGCUCUUCGGAAAAUACUCAUCCAAUAUCAGUUUCUAACUACUUUAAACUUGUUGGAUGGUUACUUUUUGUUGGAAGCGUGUCUCUAAAUUUAAACUGAAAAUCUGUUAAAUAAAGGAAUAGUUUGAAAUACAAAA